AUGGAGGAAGUUGAAAACAAACCAACCUCAGAAUCCUCUUCAAGAAAUGCCGAACAAAAUCCACGAGGCGAAACCUCUCAAGAAAAUACUGACGAUAUUAUAGCUCCAAUCGAUAAUCAAUCUUCCGUUGAAGCUUCCAUCAACUCUCUUGGUGAUAACAAUAUACCAGAACAUGAUGACACUCAUUCUCCGGCAGUGACCGAUUUCCCUGAAAUAGAAUCGAACUCAACAAAUGUUUCCAUUGAUCAACCUAUAAAACAAGAUGAAUAUCUUCUCAUAACAGAUAAUUCAACUUCAACCUCACAAGAAACGGAACAAAUCCACCAAGAAUCGAUAGCUGAAGAUUCUGAACCUGAAGCCUUAGAAGAUAUAAAUAACAGACAACAAGAUGGUGGUUCAACUGCUACCGCUAGCGGCAACGUUGAUAAUCUUGUUACGGAGCCCUCAACAUCCUCUUCUGGAACAAACGAGUUGCCGAUUGAACCUAUAGAUUCACCUCGAGACGGAGUUAUUGAUGCCCCUCUAGAAAAUUUAGUUUCAACCUCAUUUUCUGAAGUUCAUGUAACAGAAGAAAGUCACCAAGAACCUAUAGUUACAGAUUCCGAAUCAGGAUCUUUAGAAGAUAUAGUGAAUGAGAAGAAUGGCGAUUCUACGGUCAGCGUUAUUGAUAAUCAGAUUGAACAUGAAUCAGGAGCUUUAGAAGAUUUAGUGAACACGGAGAGAGAUAGGGAUUCUAUUGUCAGUGUUGUUGAUAGUCAGAUCGAACAUGGAUCGAGAUCUUCAGAAGAUAUAGUGAACAUGGAGAAAGAUGGUGAUUCUACUGUCAGCGUUGUUGAUAAUCAGAUUGAACUUGAAUCGGGAUCUUUAGAAGAUAUAGCGAACACGGAGGAGGGUGAUUCUACUGUCAGCGUCGUUGAUAAUCAGAUUGAGCUAUCGGCUUUGUCGUCUGAAAAAAUAGAGUUGCAGAAUGAUCGUGAAGAACUAAACGUAAAUCUGGAUGAAAUCAAGGUUUCUGAUGUUGCUGUUGGAAGAGUCGAGUCACCUACAAAUGAGAAGGAAAUCGAGGAAAAAAGAGGCAUAAUUGAUACAGCAGCUCCAUUUGAAUCUGUUAAAGAAGCUGUUUCUAAAUUCGGAGGAAUCGUCGAUUGGAAGGCUCAUAGAAUGGUGACAGUCGAGCGGCGCAAGAAAGUAGAGCAAGAGCUUGAGAAAGCACACGACGAGAUUCCGGAGUAUAGGAAAAUAUCAGAGGCUGCCGAGCAAGAAAAAGUCCAAGCACUUCAGGAGCUUGACAGCACAAAAAGACUAAUAGAAGAGCUUAAGCUGAACCUAGAGAGAGCGCAGACCGAAGAGCGUCAAGCAAGACAAGACUCGGAACUCGCAAAGCUUAGAGUGGAAGAGAUGGAGCAAGGUAUUGCUGAAGAUUCCAGUGUGGCAGCCAAGGCGCAGCUUGAGGUAGCGAAAGCCAGGUAUACGGCUGCCAUUACCGAGUUUACGUCGGUGAAACAUGAGCUUGAUUCGUUGUGUGUGGAAUACGCUUCCUUAGUUGAUGAAAAAGGCGAAGCUAUUAACAGAGCCGAAGAAGCUGUUGCUGCGUCAAAGCAAGUAGAAAAGAUGGUAGAAGAUUUGACAAUUGAGCUGAUUGCCACAAAAGAGUCUUUGGAAACCGCACAUUCUGCGCAUAUGGAAGCAGAAGAACACAGAAUAGGAACAGUCAUGGCAAGAGAUCAAGAUUUACUCAAUUGGGAGAAGGAACUUAAACAAGAAGAACACAAAUUAGAAAAAUUCAACCAGAAAAUUUUGUCGGCUGAGGGUCUUAAAUCUAAACUUAGUAAAGCUUCUACAUUGCUUCUCGAUUUGAAAUCCGAGUUAAAUGCCUAUAUGGAAUCUAAGUCAAACCAAGAAGGCGGCGAUGAAGAAGGAGUCUCGAAAGCGGAACUGGAGAAAAAAUCACACAACGAAAUACAAGAAGCAAUUGCAUCGGCGAAAAAGGAACUUGAGGAAGUAAAGCUUAACAUAGAGAAAGCUACUUCCGAGGUAAAUUACUUAAAGGUGGCUGCAACAUCGUUAAGAUCAGAACUCGAUCAAGAAAAAUUGUCGCUUGCGUUGAUUAGGCAAAGAGAAGGAAUGGCUUCUGUUACAGUCGCGUCUAUUGAAGCCGAGCUGAACAAAACCAAAACCGAAAUCGGUUUCGUUCAUAUUAAGGAAAAAGAAGGCAGAGAGACAAUCCUUGAAAUGCCGAAGAAACUAAAAGAAGCGGCGGAAGAGGCUAAUAAGGCAAACUUGCUUGCUAAAGAAGCUCGCGAAGGGCUUCGGAAAGUAAAGGAGGAAGCAGAACAAGCCAAGGCGAGCGCAAGUACAGUGUAUAGUAGAUUACUUGCAGCGCAAAAGGAGAUAGAAGCCGCAAGAGCUUCUGAAAGGUUGGCAAUAAAAGCAAUUAAAACAUUGCAAGAGAGCGAAUCAGCUAGAAGCAACAACAAAAAUGAAGUGGAUUCAUUGAAUGGUGUUAAACUAUCGGUCGAGGAGUACUAUAAUCUUACCAAACAAGCUCAUGAAGCAGAGGAGGAAGCCAAUGUGAGAGUUGCAACCGCGAAUUCUAAGAUAGAUACAGCUAAGGAGACUGAAUCGAAAACCUUGGAGAAGUUGAAUGAAGUGAACAAAGAAAUGGCUGCUAGAAGAGAGUCUUUGAAGAUUGCAAUGGGCAAAGCUGAGAAGGCAAGGGAAGGAAAAUUAGGUGCAGAACAAGAAUUAAGAAAGUGGAGAGCCGAACACGGGCAACGAAGAAAAGCCGGCGAAAUAGGCCAAAAAGUGGUGAACCAGAAUACAAGCCAUAGUGGUAAACUCGAACAAAAUAAUAGGGGAAAUAUUCCUCCUGGACAUCACUUUUCGAGUCAAAAGUCUUAUGUUCGCGCGAACAAUGAAAAUGGAUCAUCGCCGGAUGCGAAAAACGGAAAGAAGAAGAAAAAGUCAUUUUUUCCGCGGGUUUUUAUGUUCUUUGCAAGAAGAAAAUCACAUUCAACUCAUUGA